AUGGCAUCUAGGCUUGUCGUAUACAGCACUCCAGUAUCCAUAAACUCUUCGUUGCUGAAGCAUCAACCAGAUGCAGUACCAUCUAUUGAUGAACUGGAGCGACUUCAAGCGGAACUUAUACAAGCCAAGCAGAGUGCUUUAGAACGAGGCCGUAAAGCGGAAGAGGAUAUUAGGACAAUCAAAGAAUCCGUGCGUCGGAUUACGGAGAGAGAGAAGGGGAAAUAUAAAGCAGUUGAUGAAGUAAAAAGGGAACGCGACUACACACCUUUACCCGAAGCCGACGACAUUAAACCUUCAAGUGCAUUUCAUGGCAGUUCACUCAAAUCGCGCCACUCGCAUCCUACCAAUGCACUACCAACAUCUUCCUCCAGGUCGUCUGUAGAUCCACGUCGGUCAGCUGCUGAUGAACUAAAAAAGAAGAAGAAAAAGCGGAAAAGGGAAGGAGGGGACAGUGAUGUUGAACCAGAUAUACAGAGGCCUCGGAAACUAUCACCACCAUUGGUUCAUGCCACAAACCAUCCACCACCGGCAAAGGUGCCCAAACCCUCUGUCUUGUCCACGGUGCCACAUAAUAAGAACGUCUCUGGACCUGACUUUUCAGUUCCCCCAACGCAACAACUCCUACCGCCUCGACCACCGAUACCCCCUCCUCCAAUACCCGGCCCCAGCAAACCUAUCGAAGUUACUGAAGAUUUCAGCAAAGCUAAAGUGCCCGCACAAAUACUUGUAUCAACAUUCUACACCAGCAUUGAACCGUAUAUUCGUAAUAUUAAGGAGGAAGAUGUGGGAUUCCUAGAGUACACCGGGGACGAGGUCGAACCUUUCGUUAUGCCGAAAUUAGGGAGACAUUACCUUGAUGUCUGGGAGGAUCAGGAUCAGGGGAUUCUACCUGCGUCGUCUAUACUUGUCGAGCCACAGAUUGCACCUCCGAGUACAUUUGCAGCACCGACUCCGAAAUGGGAUCCUUCUACGCUAUCAGAACCUGAUUUGGUGGGAGAAGAGAAGGGGCACGGCCCUUUGACGGAGAGGGUGAUCAGCGCGUUGCUACCGAUCCCAGACGUGAUAAACCAGUGGAAGGGAGUGAAAGCAGCUGAGGAUGCGAUGGAAGGCCGACCCGGUGGCAGUGGUGCUGCCGCUGCAAGACGAGAGCGUUUAAACGUCACAGACCUCGAGGCGAGAAUCAGAGAUACGAUGAGAUAUCAUGGGUUGAUAGAUGCUGUUCCUGAUUUCACAGAAAAGGUCGAUGAUCCUAUUGCGACGGCUCUUCGGGAAGCACAGCGAGAGUUGAGACAAGUUCUGGCAACGAACAAAGCCCGGAAGGCUCGCUUGGCAGCUAUUGCUCGUGAUCGGCUUGGUUAUCAGGAAUAUCUUGAACUUCGAGAUUCCAUCGACAAAAACAUUACAACGUUAUAUGCCAAAUUGCAGAAGAAGGAUGCACCCAAGGCGAACAAGAAGAAGAAAAAGCCUCUGCAAGGAGCAGCUGCGGCCGCGGCUGCUAAUGCUGCUGCCAAUGCUGCGAAAGCAGCAAAAGGCAGUGUCGCGCCUGAAGACCAGCCUUUAACGCUUGCACCUUGUCCUGCGGCACUUGGUCUUACCCCAGAUGAGGACAGCUUUCUAACAGUGAACGACCAAUUGAAGCAGUUGGUGGAAACUCGGCGACAAUGGGUAGACACUGUUGGUUCAAUAUUUGAUCAGAAAGAGGCAGAGAAUCCUGGGAGGAUUUACGGCCUACCGAAGGAGAGCAUUUACCUUGGGAUUGAGGAAGAGGUGAAUGCAAUGAUGCCCCCAGAACCACCCAAGGCUUCUUCGUCAAGUAAUGUCACCAUAAAUGGUGCCUCUGGUCAAUCUGCACCAUCUGGUGGUCCGAAUGGAAUGGUGCAGAACGGUUACACAGGUGGUAUCUCCCGGAGCAAUGGAAGUUUCACCGUUAACAGCAGUCAUAAAGGCAAAGAAAGGGCCAAAAACGACGCGAUGGACAUUGGAUGA